AUGAAGCUACAGAGGAAGGUAUUUAUGAGCAGACAUUUCUUAUAUAACUGCAGCCAACCAAUCCUGGAUGUGAAGAUAGCCUUUUGUCAGGGUUUUGGAAAACAAGUGGAUGUGUCAUAUAUUGCCAAACAUUACAACAUGAGCAAAAGCAAAGUGGACAACCAGUUCUACAGUGUGGAAGUGGGAGACUCUACCUUCUCAGUUUUAAAACGUUUCCAGAAUUUAAAGCCCAUUGGCUCUGGAGCUCAGGGAAUUGUCUGUGCGGGCUAUGAUGCUGUCCUGGACAGAAAUGUAGCCAUCAAGAAGCUGAGCAGACCCUUCCAGAACCAGACCCAUGCCAAGAGGGCAUACCGGGAGUUGGUGCUCAUGAAAUGUGUCAAUCACAAAAAUAUUAUCAGUUUAUUAAAUGUCUUCACACCACAGAAAUCAUUAGAGGAAUUCCAGGAUGUGUACCUAGUGAUGGAGCUGAUGGAUGCCAACUUGUGCCAGGUGAUUCAGAUGGAGCUUGACCAUGAGAGAAUGUCCUACCUGCUCUACCAGAUGCUGUGUGGUAUCAAACAUCUGCACUCAGCUGGCAUCAUUCACAGGGACCUCAAACCAAGCAAUAUAGUGGUGAAAUCAGACUGCACCCUGAAGAUCCUGGACUUUGGUCUGGCCAGGACUGCAGGCACAAGCUUCAUGAUGACCCCCUAUGUGGUGACUAGAUACUACAGAGCCCCAGAGGUUAUCCUGGGCAUGGGAUACAAAGAGAAUGUGGAUAUAUGGUCGGUGGGGUGCAUUAUGGGAGAAAUGGUGCGCCACAAAAUCCUUUUCCCUGGUCGGGACUACAUCGACCAGUGGAACAAGGUGAUUGAGCAGCUUGGCACACCAUCGCCAGAGUUCAUGAAGAAGCUUCAGCCCACGGUGAGGAACUACGUCGAGAACCGGCCAAAGUAUGCGGGUCUCACCUUUCCCAAGCUCUUCCCUGACUGCCUUUUUCCUGCUGACUCUGAGCACAACAAACUCAAAGCAAGCCAGGCCAGAGACCUGCUGUCUAAGAUGUUGAUCAUCGACCCUGCUAAGCGGAUAUCGGUGGACGAGGCCUUACAGCACCCCUACAUCAACGUGUGGUAUGAUCCAGCUGAGGUGGAGGCGGCCAGAGAUCUCAUCCAAAUAUCCAUGCCUCCACCUCAGAUCUAUGACAAGCAGCUGGAUGAAAGAGAACACUCCAUUGAUGAAUGGAAAGAACUAAUCUACAAAGAGGUGAUGAACUUUGAGGAGAGAACGAAGAAUGGCGUUGUGAAGGGACAACCUUCACCUUCAGGUGCAGCCGUGAACAGCAGCGAGAGCCUCCCUCCCUCCUCCUCUAUCAACGACAUCUCCUCCAUGUCCACCGACCAGACCCUGGCCUCAGACACUGACAGCAGCCUGGAGACCUCUGCAGGACCCCUGGGGUGUUGCAGGUGA